CUGAGUUCUCUGGUAGCUCGGACGAAAUUCUCCACAAGCGAAGUUCGGUAUCUCUACAAGGCCUUCAAAAAUGUGAGUCCUCACUUAUAUAUUCAUUGA